AUGAGAGAAUUCGUGGGCUGGUUUGGCCUUAACAACAGAGGGAGGUGUGCUUAUCUGAUUGGGAGAAGGCUGGUGACGUGGUGGCAGACCUGCUUUAUAGCUCUGGGACACUGCUGCGCACCUAUUCCUGCCCUGAAAGCCCCAGACGGGUUCUUUGGCUGCCCUCAGGCCAGAUGGCGAGCGCCCUGCUCCUGCUGCUGCUGCUCUCCCUCGCCUCAGCCCGGUCGUUUUCUAACGAGCGAGGCCUCAUCUUCAAUUUGGACAAUGGGGAGCUGUGUCUGCAAAGUGCUCAGUGCAAAAGCAGCUGUUGCCACAGGACUGACAUGUUAAGCCUGGCUCGUUGUGCGAACCGAGCAGCCGAGAAUCAGGAGUGUUCCCCCAAGAGCAUCUAUGGGGUUUACUACAAGUGUCCCUGUGAGAAUGGCUUAACCUGCGAGGCUGAUAAGAGCAUCGUGGGAUCCAUCACCAACACCAACUACGGCAUCUGCCAGGAUCCUAGGAGCUUGUCCAAGUAAAAGUGGAGUAAUGGCGUAGGAAAUGUUCCCACGCCUGCGUCCCACAGCCGUCACUCCCUUCCCACGCCCGUGCCCCGCAGCCGUCACCCCCUUCCCACGCCCGCGCCCCACAGCCAUCACCCCUUCCCAUGCAUGCACCCCUCCUCUCCACCAUAUCUACUGUCUACACCAGGCACCUCUUCCCAUUCUCCUUUCUCUGCACCUCUCACUCCACACCAUGCAGAUACCUGGCUCGUUGUCCCCAGACCCCUUUCCACCCAGCCCACACACUGAUCCCUCUUGCUGUCACCAACACCUGCACCCGUCCCGCCACACCGAUCCACACCACACGCCCACACACCUACACUCUGCUCUGCUGGAGUAAUGCACAGGGAUCCUGAAUGACAUUUGAUUAUCGGGCGUCCCUCUGUGCUGGGUCUGACAAUUCAGAACACCCUGGGUGAAACAAGAACGCAUCAGUUCAAUACCCUCCAAGAGCAAUUAUUGUCUCUCCCCCAGCCCUAAAAAAUAACUACCUGCGCACUGUAUCUUAGGCUGACACUUUGCAAAAGGGGCUGCAGUCCCCUUCCUGGUGCCCCCUCCUGAAUCCCAUUGUUCAUAAGCUGUGCCAACCUCACCCAGCCUUGGCCCUGACUUCCCACUGAUUACAUCAUUGUCUCUCUUUCUGCAAGAACUGCCCGGCUUCUCCAUGGGACUGCAGCAACUCUUGUGCCCAUCCAUGUCACCCUAACCGAUCUGGCUGGGGAUGGGCGGGGGGAAAGGCGUUCUUGUUGGACUUUCCAGUAAAACGUUUCUUCUCCUGGGGUAAUGUGAGAUCAGGCAUUGUUCCCCAUCUCCUCUAGUUAACGCAGAGGUAGCUAGGCCAGGAUCUGUUCCAGGGACCAAGAUAGAGAGAGCAAAGGGCCUGUAGCAGGUGGGAAGGGAGAGGUUGGGUGGAAGGUAGGGUAGAGGGGACUUCAGACCAACUCAAAGAAGGCUCAUGCCUUGGGCAGAACAAGGUUGGAGAGGGAUUUCCUCUCUCUGGGUGAAAUCCACCCCUGCACAAUGGGUACUUCAGGUGGUGCAAAAGCCCUGGUCCGGGGUGAAUUAAUCUCCUAGACUGAUGCUUGCUCAGUAUUCGUGCUGGGCAUAGAACUGCGGGCAGUACUGUAGCUGGUUAACUCAGCCGGUCAUUCUCCCUGUGGACUACACAGGGCAGAUUGCAAUUACCUCCGAUUGAGUCCAUCACUGAAAUCAUUCAACUAGCAGCUUUCUUUUGCUCUCCAGCCAGAACUCAUCUCCCAGGAUACACCCUGGCCACGCAACUCCCACAAUGCACUGCCUUUCCUCCCCCUGAGAGGAGAUCAGGGUGCAUUGUGGAAAACUGAGUCCAACCAGGGAGCCUGGUCUACAGCGGUGAAUGGGAGCAUGAGGCACCCAAACUACAAUUCCCAUGAGGCACCGCAGCAGCCUUUCAGAAUUGAACCAUUUUGGUUUUCAGCCAAAAUACUUCAGACUUCGAUUUUUCUUUCUCUCCAAAAGUCAAAUUUUUCUGCAGGGAAACCCCCCAUUUUCUGACCCCCUCUAGUGACGCCACCUCCUAAGUGGUGUUACCCGAGAGCUCUCUGCAUGUGUACAUAAUCCGUAAUCAUGUGUAAACAGUUAAUAGAUAAGGGGCCAAUAGCGGGCAGAGUCCCUGGGUUUUGUAGGACAAAUAAAACUUGUUAGCCUUGUGCCUUGCAAAUGGCUUUCUUAGUGCAAGCUCUUCACAACUGCUGUUAAUCUAGCGUCAGGAGUGAGAGUUGUUUGCUCCUCUGUUGUGUCACGCUAGCAAUGGCCGUGAGCAGCAGUUCACCCCCUGCUGCACACUUCUGCGCUGCACACUUCUGCGCACACUGGGGCUUUGCCUGGUUUUCUUCUUUUUUAGAAAGGGAGUAGUG